UGCUACAAAACCAUAAAAAGCAGACAUUCUCUGAUAAAAGUCAGAUUAAAACGAUCUUCCGUCUUCCUUUAUUUGGUAUCGGUUUCCGGGUUACCUAACCAAAGUGCUCUCUGAACACUUCCUGGAUAUUCAAAACACGUUCGCCGUCACUUCUUCGAAAACCUAAGUUCGGCAUCAAGGACUUACUGAUCAGCACUGUACAAAUGAUGCAUCUCUACUCUCUCUAAUGUCACUGGGCCAAACAAUAAUGACUGAUCACAUACACGCAUGUACUAGAGGAACCCCACUACAGAGGCAUGGCAGAGCAGGGUGGAGGGAACAGCCAGAGGGAGAGGGCCGCAGUGACAGGGCCAGACCUGCAGGGGGCCUUUGAGGUGAUCUGCCACACCCCUGAAGAGCGGCUGCUGAGUAUCACACUGCAGAUGGGUGGCGAGAAUGGCUCUGCGGAGCAAUUGGUCCAGGCCAUGGCCCUCAUCGCCCUGCGGAGGGAGGCCGACGCUCUGCAGCGGCUACACGCCCUUGGCGGCCACCGCAUCGCCGCUUACCUGGCCGGCCAGGUGAGCGCCAGCCAGGGGCAGCUGGAGGACCUCAGGGUGGACACGUUCGAGCCACCAGAGCCCCGUGUGGACACGCUUCGCGAGCUGGCGCGGAUCUACCGCGUGCUGGUUCAGGAGCGGCUGUGUGAGGCCUCGCUGCGCGAUCAGGCCUACCAGGCUGCCCUGCUGGAGUGCAGGAACAGCAGCAACGACAGCAACAGCAACGACGGGGAAGAGCUGCGCCACACAGGCACUUCCUACCUGAACGACCUCAUAGAGGAAGUCCGAGGUGCCUGUGGCGUGGAGAUGAGCUUGAAGGCCCUGCGGAUUAGCUCGAACAGCCCCCAGCCCCUCGCCACGGUCACCAGCCAGGCGGAGGGCAGCCGUAGCCAUCCCACGUCCCUCACCUCCUCCACCUUCAGCUCGAGCUCUCUGCCCAGCCACCUGGAGAUCAGCGCCACCCCAACACAGCCUUUGGGCGGCGCCAGCCACACACACUCACUGCAGAUCUCCACACAAACACAGGCCGCGCAGCAGAACACACACACACAGGCUAUGCAGGAUACCUCUAUACACACACAGGCAGAGGGCUGUUCAGGCCCAGGGUCUGCAUGUCACACGGGUGCGGAUAACGGCAACGCUGCUGCUGCCCCUGGUCCUGCACCUGCUGCUGCUGCCCCUGGUCCUGCCAUGCUGGACAUGCCCAGCCACCCCCCCACCCAGUGCUCAGGUAGGGGCGGGAUGCAUCAGCUCGUCACGUCCAUCAGCACAUGUGUGGAGACGAGAGGCGUCCAUCUGAGCCCGCCCUCCUCGGACUCUCCCGGCCCGUCCCAGCCCGAGGCUUGCACGCCACGGGCAGCAGGGGAGGACGAGGACGAGGGGGUGGUGUUCUACGCGUUCGUUAUCCUGCACGCCCCAGAGGACGAGGCGGCGGCCGAGGAGCUGCGCAGUAAGCUGGAGAGUGCCACAGAGGGGACCGGGGCCACGUUCUCCCAGGACUUCCACAUCCCGGGCCAACACGCGCUCAGCUGCAUAGACGACGCCAUCAACAACUCGGCCUUCACCAUCUUGCUCCUCACACGCAACUUCACCUCGCGCAUGCAGGAGGUAGUUACCAACUCCGCCCUAAUGAAUGCUAUACAUAACUUCCACAAGUACAACACGGUCAUCCCGCUGCAGCCCCAGAGGAACCCUAUGCCCAACAACGAGGUACCCCUGGUCCUGAGGACCCUAGUCAUGCUCCGCGAGAGCAACCGGAACUUCAGCCACCUCGCCAGGAAGGCCAUCAGCCCGGAGAAGGUGAAACGGCAGAGGCGCGUCUGGGAGCAGGAGCAGGAGGUGUUGCGUCUGCAGGAGCAACGGCGGCGACUCCUGGAGGAGAACCGCAGGCAGCAGGAGAGUAUAUGGCAGCAGCAGGAAAACAUCCGACUGGCCCAGGAGAACUGGGCGAACUACCACAAGCUACACAACCUGAGGAGUCAGAGUCCAACCCAUUCUCCACCUAAUUUUGCUCCUGCUCCAGGCAUGGCAGGGCCCUCUCCUGCCCCACCACCUAACUACCCCUCUUGGCCCCCACAGAUGCCACCUAACUACCCCUCUUGGCCCCCACAGAUGCCACCUAACUACUCCUCUUGGUCCCCACAGAUGAACCCAUAUACCCCUUGGCCCCCCUCACCACAGUCUCCAGCAAACAUUACGAUCCAGAAUGCAUCAUGCAUCAUGAUUGGGAAUGACUCUACUAUGACUAUAGGAGACCCGAGUGUGAUUCAGGAGGAUCUAGAUGAGGACUUACUACAGGAGGAUCUAGAUGAGGACUGACUGCACUGUGAUUCAGGAGGAUCUAAAUGAGGACUUACUACAGGAGGAUCUAGAUGAGGACUGACUGCACUGUGAUUCAGGAGGAUCUAAAUGAGGACUUACUACAGGAGGAUCUGGAUGAGGACUGACUGCACUGUGAUUCAGGGUGAUCUAGAUGAGGACUGACUGCACUGUGAUUCAGGGUGAUCUAGAUGAGGACUGCCUGCAAUGUGAUUCAGGAGGAUCUAGAUGAGGUCUGACUGUAGUGUGAUCUGGAUGAAGGCUGACUGCUGUGUGAUUCAGGGUGAUCUGGAUGAGGUCUGACUGCUGUGUGAUUUAGGGGGAUCUGGAUGAGGUCUGACUGCUGUGUGAUUUAGGGGGAUCUGGAUGAGGACUGACUGCUGUGUGAUUUAGGGGGAUCUGGAUGAGGACUGACUGCUGUGUGAUUUAGGGGGAUCUGGAUGAGGACUGACUGCAGACACAGGCUCAGAGCUCUUCUCAGGACACUGUGCUCUUACGGCAGUAAUGCUGCAGGCAUGCAAGUACAACAGUACUUCAGUACAACUGAAAUGCUACAAGAUGAGUUGAAACUCAAAUUUGUUCUCAAAAUGAUUAUUUCUCUCAAUUUUGUAACUGACUAGUAAUUCUAUGUUCUCUUAAAAUGACAUCAUACCAGUG